ACAGUCUGAAAAACUAGUUUGCUGCUGCUGGUUCCUCCUUGCAGGCUGUCAUGGAGUCGCGGAGGAAGAGCCGCGGAUCGCUCCUCGGCUGUGUUUUGGUGCUGUGCGUGAACCUGCGGCUGGGCCUGGCGGGAGACUGCCCUGCAGAUGGUCGCACCUGGGUGCCGUUUGGAGACAGAUGUUACCACUUUGUCCACGGGGAAGAAGACAGUAUCAAAAGCUACACUUUUGAGAGAGCUAAAACUCUCUGCCAAGGCUUUGAGCUUUUGACCAUCCAGAGUGCCGAAGAGAACGACUUUGUAAUUCAGUAUUGCCCAAAUGUGUGGAAAGGAAAGGUCAACGUGUGGCUGGGGAUGUAUUACGACACAAACAGUGAAGGCAUGCGGUGGCUUCAAGAAGAGGACCCCGUGACGUUCACUAACUGGGAGGACAACCCGCCUCCGUCGGACCUCGUGCCCGUGGACACGUGCGCGACGCUGCACAGCAACACGGGGAAAUGGGAGAACGUCAGCUGCAUGGAAGAAGUGGAGAAUGGGGUGAUCUGUGAAACGGCUCAGGAAGCGGCGGCGGCUAAGCAGAAGCCGAACGCGCUGCUCUCCGCCCUGGUCAUACUCAGCGUGGUGGCGAUCAUGGGGAUCUCGGCAGUCAUCUGGUUUGUGCACCAGAGGCACAACAGCGGCUUCACCGUCCUCUCGGCGUUCGAGUACCACCCUCCGUUCCGAGUCCUGGACUCGGAUCAGUCCUGCCUGGUGGAGGCUGAGGAGACUAACAGCGUGCCGUAGGAUGUGCCAUUAGAUGUUUUUUUUUUGUUGUUUUUUUUAAACCUCCACUCUUAAAUCGUUCAGUAAAGCAGGUUUUGGUUCACAUACGGCACACAGAGCAUGAGUCAGAACAACGUUGUGUGUUUGGGAAAAAAACUGAUACUAACUACCUAAUUUCACGGUCGCUCUUUUGGUCACUUUGUACUAACAAAUAAUCACCAGUGUGUUUCUCAGAUUGGUGCGCUUCCAUCACCUGACAUUGAAUGUAACGUCGAGGUUUAUGUCAGGCACUGCGCAUGCUUAAAUCUCUGGUUUUAUCAGUUUUCCCCGCACAUAUUAAAAUGAGUUUGUUAUAGUUUUGAUGCAUUAUGGACCUAAAAAUAGGUGGAUGAGAUAGAACUUUUAUGUCCAGGUUUGUUUCAGCUGCUUGCGUUCAUAACGAUUUGGGAGAAUAUCAAAAGCAUGACUUCAUACUGCACAAGUUGGGAGAUUAAUGUUUAAGUUCCUUGGAUGUAUUAAACGCCUAAAUGCUGAAUUCUAACUUUCUAUAUGAUGCAAAGUUUUGUGUUGAACAGUUGUGGAAAUUCCAGGUCAAAAUAAGCUGACAAGUGAGAGAGUUUUAUUUUCAGGUAUGUGAGAAGGAAAGAAAAAAUUGUAAAACCUUUCAGUAUUCAUGGUGAUUGCUUUUUUGUAAACUAUGAGCAUUUGGGGCUUCUUCCUUCAUGCAUGUAGAUGUAGCCAGUAAGGUGAAGUUGCACUGUCCAUGAAGGCAUUUAUAACAAAUGAAAUCUCCUGGCAUGAAAACUAAACCAGUCCUAUUUCAGAGACGUCCCGUCAGGAAGCCAGUUUUCUAACCAGUAAACAGAGUUUGUUAUACAGCUAUGAUUGUCUCUAUUUUUACUGCCAAACUAGAAUCUUUGUUCAGAAAUGUAAAGAAUGUUCUUGCCGCCAUGUGAAAUACACUCUUGAUGCUAGCGGGAGUUGUGAAUGAGCCAGCCAAUGAAUGAGUGGACAAUCAGGGGUUGGCUGACGGUGACAGUCAUACAAUAGAAUGAUGACCCUUGAGUACUAUCGCUGUUUUUUUUACCUGCACAUUUUUCUUGUUUUGUUUUUUAAAGACUUUGUACUUUUGGGCGUGACCAACCAAAGUGUCCAAAUUUUUAAAAGGUUUGACUCGAAUCGUGCAUUUGCAGCAGUAAGAACCCCUCUGUGCAAUAUUUGGUAUUCUAAUUUUUGAGUCCUCUUGUGCUUUCAUAAUAAAGUGUGUUUGUAACAUGGA